AUGGCGCUGCAGGUCUCUGAGACCGAGGUCUGUGAGGCUGUGUUGGGGUUCGUCACUGAUGGAGCUUACCCAGAGGAGAAGGUCGUAGCUGCUGAAUUUCCGGCCUCGGCUCUUGCGACAGAAUUGCAGCUUAUAUCCAAGGCCCGUGAGGAAGUAGAGAACGAAAUCAGCUCCCUCGGCGUCGCAAACACAUUUGAUACCGACAACUGGAUCAGUCAAGCAAAACAGUUACAUGCUGACAUUGAACGCUCGAGAACGACUGCCCGGGAAAUUGUGGCCCAACAUGAAUUCACCAAGCCCCUUCAUGCUAAGGUGGAGGAUGCGAAGGCCAAAGUGGGGCUGAUUGAGACAGAGAUAUCCUUCAAUGAAGCUGUGGCUGAGACACUAGAGGAAUUACAGCGACUGUGUCAGCAGCUCGAGGCUGGACGCAUUGCUCUACAGCUCGGUGAAAUUACUACCGCAAUUGAACAGUUAGAGUCCACAGACAAGGCCAUAGAAACGGAUACCUUCUUCAAUAACAGCAAUGUGAUGGCUAUACUUACUGUCGAGGUCGCAAGACUCCGACAGGAAAUUGAAGACUAUUUGCUUAUACGUUGGAGCGUGCAGAUGAGAAUUGAUCGCACAAAAGGCGAGUUUCAAGUCGACGAGGCUGAAGGUGCGGGCUCUUUGGCGGAGACAAUUGUGUCAAUGUCGCGGCUAGAUAUUCUACUACCUGCGAUCGAGAAAUUCCAGACGGACCUUGCGACGGCAAUUAUCGAUCCAAUCUUGCUGCCGCGCUCAGAUGGCAGCAGUCAUGGUGUCACUGUCACUGACACUGGAAUAUAUGUUCAGCCUGAGCGCAAGAAGAGCAAUGUUGCGGAAGUUCUUGAGUAUACCUCAAGCGUUCUCGGUUAUUUAAAACAGAAUCUUCCAUCGGCAAUAGCGGCAACUCUUCCCCAAGCUUUCAUUCCAGCUGUUUCUUCAAAAGCAAUAGCUGGGUGGCUGUCUGGUUCGAUUCCAACAAAUCUCGAAGGCCUGGACGAGUUUGAAAGAACACUAGAUUAUGUUUUGCAGUUCACCAAUACUAUCCAAUCUUGGGGGUGGAGCGGACAAGAGGAGCUUGUCUCUUGGGUAAAUCAAGCUCCUCGCUUGUGGCUGACACGCCGCCGCGUUGAUUCUCUUGAUAGCGUGCGAAAGGCACUUGCUGCCAGUAAGGGCACCACCAAGCAAGUUGAAAGAGUGGAGAAGGAGAAGGUUUCACAGGCUGAUGAAGCCUUACUUGAUAAUGCCACAGGUGAUGAUUGGGAUGCCAACUGGGACGAUGACAAAGAAGACACUGCCAACCAGAAAAAUACUCAGCCUCAAGAUGAAGAGGAAGAUGUCAGUGCAUGGGGACUUGACGAUGAUACCCAAUCUGAUGCAGCCGUUUCAACCGAAGAAGAUGACGCGGAUGACGCAUGGGGCUGGGGUGAUGAUGAUGGAGAGGAAAAGGAUCAAGAAGCGAAAACUCCUGCUCCUGCAUCAUACAGGCCAAAUACCGGAGACAAAUCAUCCCAGUCAUCCCCCAGGGAGGUGACGUUGAAGGAAGUCUAUACCGUUACCGAUAUCCCAGAUUUGGUCGUUCAGAUCAUACAGCAACAAGUUGCCGAUUCCAAGGAUAUCUUGAAGGCCCCGCAUUCUAAUUCACGCGUGGCUUCGUCAGGUACUGGCCUGCUCGCACUUCCUACUUUGAUUGUCGCCAUGUUUAAGGCUACAUCUGCUUCUUUUUAUUCACUGAAGCUCAAUUCAGGGCAGAUGUAUCUUUAUAACGACAGUCUAUACCUUGCAGAAUUAAUUCGCGAGCUGGUGGAGCAACAUGAAUUAACUAGGCUCAGUUCCGAUGUGGAAGCUCUCGAAAAAUUUGGCAAGAAUGCAUACAGCAGGGAAAUGCAGACUCAGAGCACUGUCGUUACAGAUUUGCUUGACGGCACGCAAGGGUUUGGACAAUGCUCAGAACAGCCGUUCAAAUCGGAAUGCGAAAAUGCCAUAAGCGCCACUGUUGACCGUAUUCGCGAUGUCUACAAGGAGUGGCAGCCCAUCCUGUCGCAUUCUGCCCUGCUUCAGUCAAUCGGAUCCCUACUGUCUACAGUAAUCAGCAAGAUCAUUAUAGACGUGGAGGAUCUAGGCGACAUUUCCGAAGAUCAGUCUAAACAGCUGGUCUUGUUUUGCAACCAGGUAUCCAAACUGGAGGACCUAUUCAUGCCUACAACUACCGGUGAUACUGGGGCAUUACCAGUCACCGCUGUGUAUGUUCCAAAUUGGCUGCGGUUUCAGUACCUGGUCAAUAUUCUGGAAAGCUCCCUAGCCGAUAUCAAAUUCCUCUGGAUUGAAGGCGAAUUGAGUCUAGAGUUCUCCAUAGAAGAGCUGUCUACCAACACCAAUUCUGGACAGUCUUUACCCGCCAUGAGUGAAGACCUGCUUUCCACUGCCGCUGAGCCUGUACAGAGACAAGUUCGUGUGCAGCUCACGAGCAAAGAAGAAGAUGUCGCUCUGCCUGAUAGCACCGGUCCCAUCCUCGUCCCCACUGGCCUGCGACGAUAUGCACUGUCAACAUUGGUCAACAACCUGCUUAGCAGCGAGAAACCCGUCCCGUUCGAGUUUUUGAUCAACGGAACAUUUCUACGGACUUCGAUCGAUGAAUAUCUGACUGCCAAUGGUAUCUCUGCCGAAACCACUCUGGAGAUCGAGUAUGUGCGAGCUCUGAUUCCACCCCUUCACAUCGCAUCUUUCCAGCACGACGACUGGGUCAGUGCCACUGAUGUGCUCUCCGCAUCCUCACCUGCUGCUUCCUGGGCCUCCGGUACUACCUUCUCCAAGGGCCAAGAGAGGAUCUUGUCAGGAAGUUAUGACGGUUUGCUGCGUGUAUGGACCAUGUCAUCUGAGACGAUCGCAACUUCACCCGCUGCCACUGAAGGAGGUCACUCUGCCUCUAUCAAGGCCGCCAAAUUUGUUUCGCCAACCCAGAUCGCAUCGGCUGGUCUUGACCGCACCGUCCGAUUAUGGAAGUAUACCGAGGAAGAGGGUGGAUUUUCCGCCAAGAUUUCCCCUCAGCUGGAGCUUUACGGACACAAGUCUGGAAUUGAGUCUUUGGCCGUGCAUGCGCCAUCCAACCGCCUUCUGACCGGCUCCUCUGACAAUAAUGUUGGAUUCUGGUCUACGAGAAAGUCCGACGCUCCUGCUGCUCCAGAAAACUUGCUCCCAUCCAACGCCUCCCGGACAUCGAAGCGACGCAAGCUUAAUUCCUCCGUGAGCACCGCACAGCGUGGUCCUCUGGCUCUGUUGUCAGCGCACACAGGUCCAGUUUCCGCUGCCAUCUUCGAUGCGAGGGAUUCUACCGUCGGUUAUUCUGCCUCUUGGGAUCACUCCCUGCGAACCUGGGAUUUGGUCACUGCUGCUCUGGUCGACACUCGCACCACCUCUCACUCGCUUCUCUCCCUCGAACAUCUCCCCGAACAUCACCUCCUGGCAGCCGGUACAUCUGCCCGUCACAUCACCUUGAUCGACCCGCGUGCAUCGGCCACUACUGUGGCAGCAAUGACUCUCCGCGGCCACACCAAUGCUGUCGUGAGCUUGGCCCGAGAUCCUCACAGCACGUACGGCCUCAUCAGUGGUAGUCACGAUGGUACGUGCCGUAUCUGGGAUAUCCGGUCGACCAAGACCGAGAAGGAUGGAGUCGUUGGUGAAAGCGUGUACUCUAUUGGCCGGAAGAGUCUCGAGGAGGAAGGCAAGCUUGACUCCAAGCGAGUCGGCGGUGAGGGUGUUAAGGUGUUCAGUGUGGCUUGGGAUGAGACGGUGGGCAUUGUCAGCGCAGGAGAGGACAAGCGCAUCCAGAUCAACCGUGGCGAGGGUGUCUUGUCAACGACGAAGCGGUAG